GGAUAUAGUAGCGCUCAGGUCAGCUAGCUGGCAGUCAGUUCACGAGCUACACACCUCAAACAUUAGAUAUCCUUCAUCCUGCAUACUCGCACUAUUCAGUUACAAUAGAAUCCUGUUUUGGGCUGUGCAACAUGAAUUUUAUCAGCAAUAUUUCUAAUAGCUCUUGUAUUUAGCUUGGUGGCCAUGUUUGAUAGAAACCGGUUUGGAUUUGAGAAAACUGGUUUUCAGCUGUGUCGUGCCAGUACGGAGGAAGAACAGUGAAGCAGAAAGCUUGAUAAAGAAAUACAAACAUGAGUGAUUUAAGGUUGUGCAAAUUCUCAGCAUUCUACAAACUUCUAAAUAUUUGUUAAAAAUAUCAAGGCUAGCGGACAAUAUCUACAUUCUACGGACUAGAAGUCUAAAAGACAUGUUCUACGUGAAUCCGUUCUUUUUUCUUUACAAUUUCUCUCCCAAACUAAAAAUGUUGAGAUAAACAAAUCAAAAUAUUAUCAAACGUAGAUUAGAAACUAGACGAAAUACAACUUAUAGACUAAGACCCCUCUCAUGUCACAGGAUGUCUCCAAGUCGGUUUGCAAAAGACAGAAAAGCUCGGGAUGUAACGCCCUACAGAGAGGAGCCCGCCCCUGCUUCUGUUAUUCCCUUCCGUCCAACAACACCCCAUCCCGACCGUCAGCCCUCCCCCAUUGUCGACCGGCCGGUGACCCCUGCGCCACCGGAGUGGACGUCUGUAGACGCGCCGAUCAACUUUACCUGGGUGAUCCCUGAUGAGCUGUGUGGGAUGGGUUGGCCGAAAUCCAGGGAUCAGGUUCGGUUCCUGGUAGAGCAGGGAAUAGAUCACCUGGUUUCCCUGUCCCCGGAGAAGAUUCCUCCUCACUAUGCAUUCCCGAACCUGAACCAUACCUUGAUCCCAGUGGAAGAUUUCACCGGGCCAACUAUAGCGGAGAUUCAAAAGUUUCUUGAGAUUACAGAUGAUGCGAGGAGGGACGGAGAAGCAGUUGGGGUUCAUUGCGCAGAAGGACGAGGACGGACUGGCGUAAUGUGUGCCUGUUAUCUGAUCUAUUAUUAUGAUAUGGAACCCUGGGAUGCAAUCAGGAUCAUGAGAAGACAAAGACCAGGGAGUGUCGAGAGAAAGGUUCAAGAGGAAACUGUGGUUAGAUUCUUCACGUUGCUCCAGGAUUAUGGGAAGAGUAGUUUAGAGAACCUGGAGAAAAGAGAGAAAGAUCUUCUUGAAAAGGAAAAAAGACAACAAGCGGAACUUAUCAGGUGA